AUUUUUGAGUACUUAGAGUCUUAUAGAGCGGAUAAGAGUGAGGAUAUCUCUCAAUAUCUGUCCAUGAAUCAGUACACAAAGUUGAUCAACAGCUUGUAUCCUUCAGUAAUGGACUUCAGUGGGAAAUAAAGUCAAAUCUGUCCUUAAAUUCCAUCUCAAAUUUAAUUCUAAAGAAAAUAUUGUGAAUGAAACAGGUUUGAGAGAGUUUAUUCAGCGAGAAAAAGAGAUUAUUGAGCUGAGAGCAGAGUUCAUUAAAGAAGGACAAGAGUUCCUGAAACCUAAAUUUCUUGAGAUGAUCGAAAAUUUUCAUAAAGAAUGCCCAAAAGAAACAAGUUCAAAAUUUGAGGUUUAUAAGGCUAAGACAAAACCUUUGGCAAAGCCAUUUCAAAGUGUUAAUACAAGAAAAUAUCACAGGAGAUAUGAGAAGAUACCUGAAUAUUGACAUGGACAGAGUAUCCUCACAAACUCUCAAAGAUUGAGCAACCAGAACUUUCUUCUACCACCUAAAAAGCUAUGCAAAACCUCUCCUUUGACUAAAAAUUACUAUAUCCAGCAAACCUGAGCCUAUGCCAGAUCAAAGGCUGAUUCAAUGGCCAAUCACUACAGAUCCCUACAAAAAUUCAGGAAGACAAUACAGGAUAAUUUCAGUGAUUAAUCCAUUCAAAAUCUGUCAA